CAGGACUUUGCUUGUCAGGCCCAUCAGCUACAAAUUCCUUUCCUUUCCCAAUCCCAUCAUUCAUUCUCAACAUGUCCCCCUCUCAUUGUUUCCUCCUCUCCAUCCUCUUGCUUCUUUUCUCAAUCCUCCAUACUCCCUCCGAAGCUUCUUCCUCCCCCACCGAACUAGUGGUCAAGAUCUGCAAGCGUACUUCAAAUUACUCCUUCUGUGUGGAGUCUCUUUACUCAGACUCGCACACCUCAAAUGCUGAUCAAUACACACUGGCCUUCACUGCAGUGAGAUUAGCUUAUGUAUUCGCCAAUAGCACCCGAGCUCACAUAUCUCAACUCCUCAAGAAUGAUUCCCAGCACCGGAAACCUCUCCAGAGAUGCAUCCUCGGCUAUGACCAGGCUGUUUCUGCUCUUGAAAAGGCAUACAACGACUUGAACUCUGAGACCUUCUUCGAGUUGGCUGAUUUCGCGGAUCAAGCUGCUGCUUCUGCUAAUGAUUGCGAGGCUGCUUUUCAAGGAAACCCGUCGCCACCAUUGGGCAACAGGAAUAAGGAUUUAAAAGGCCUGUGUGAAAUCUGUGGAAUCAUUGGUAAAUUAUUUACUGGACAGUAAUUUGCGAUUGUUUCCCUGUUCUUGUGAUUGGAUUUUGGUAAUAAGGUCAUUCUGUAUUGUUGAGUCGUGUGUGUUCCAGGACCAAGCAAAGGUAUGUGCUUGGCCGUCCUUUUCGGUAGCACAGCAAUCGAUCUGCGGGUAGAAAAUCUCGUUCGGUUUACAACUGGAAGAUGUUGGACGCAUCCUUAAGGCCAAAACUAUGUGGACCGAUAUACAUGUAUAUCUAAAUCUAUAUCCUGACAAAUUGAUAUUAUGCUUUAACGUGAUUCAA